UGUACGGAUGACUACUGGUUGGUCGGUGUUGUGUCUGCUGCUCCUACUGCCCCUAUGCUGCCCUGCCUCGCCCCACCAAAGGGGGGUGCUAAAUUUUUCACAGUCUCUGCGUCUCACCCAGAAGAUUCGUGCCUGUGUCCAAGGCUUGCUGCCACAAUAUAAAGAACAGCAGUUUGGUGACCGGUUGUAUGAGGAUCAUACAGUGCUGAAGAUUCUGCCCUCCUCCUUAGACAUGAAAUACUCUCAGUGGAUCAGCAUGCAGGACUGGGAACGCCUGAGCACAGCACCUAAAUACCUGCACACAUUCUGGGUUCAUCUUGAAAUAAGGAGACAACAAAUGAAAAAAUUCUGGAAGAAUCGCGCAGGAGAGAAUAAGGCUAAACAUCUAAUUCAGGCUAUGUCUAGAAUUCAAGAACACCUCCAAGAUCUUAUUGGAAAAGUCACCUCACAGCUGGGGAGCCUGAAUGGUGCAUCCUUCCCACAAGCAUCUCCCAGCCCCACGCCCCAGGUACUGACCCCUCCUACCUACCUGCUUCGCACGCAGGACCUCUGGGUCAGCUGGAAGGGGGGUUACAUCGUUUUGCGGGACCUGGAGCACUACCUGGGAAAGCUAGCUCGAGACUUCAUCUUUCUGAAGGCCAAGCACAGGGGUAGCCCUGCUGGCCGAAUACACAGCCAUACCAAGUGAAUACCUGGAGAAAUAGUCAAAAACAUGUUACACCUCAACAAAGAAACACCCACACAAAUGCACACCUUGCAUGCACCCACAAGCAUGCGCUCACACACACGCGCAUGAGCGUAUGCACACAAACACACAUGUACAUCACACAGACAGAUAAACCAGUGCUGCUUUUUCAAUACUACUGACGUUUUGACAUGUAUAUAAUAACUUACCAGAUAAUGUAAUAACAUCAUAUUACCAGGUGAUUAUUACAUUAUUAGGUGGGUAACACAUUUUUAGAGCAAGGAAAUAACUUUCCAAAUCCAGUCAUUAUUUAUCCUUGUAUUCAUUAUGAAUUCACUUUAGGUGUCACGUGCACAAGCACACACACUUCUUCUUUCCACUUUUCUUUCCUUUGUAACGAAAGAUUUUAUAGUAUUUGAGUAUCUGAGAUAUAUUCACAAAAAUGAUUGCAGUGUGUAAGUAUCCAGUAGGAGUAAAAACACAUACUUGUAAAUGAUCAUUAAAAUGUUCAUGCCAUGCUAACAGUCAAAGCUAUACCUACGAUAGCUUUAUCCAGCAUGGAGUGAUUUACAACUUUCUGGAAAACUUCAGGCUACGUCACCACACACCUUCCAUUUUUGGCAUCUAAUUAGAAACUUUCCAGAAGACACCUCAUAAGAAAAGAAAAAUAGCCCUAAUGAGUUGGCUAAAAACAUGUUCCUGUCUGGCGUUUUCAAAAAAAGAAAAACACUACAAACUGUUGAAGUUGAAGUGUCAUAAAAAUAAUGGGUUUCUGUUGUUCAUAAUCUGUUGUUUCAAAGUCUUUCCUAUUGUGAGAUUUUCCUUCUUACAUUCAAAAUUCAUGUACAGUAAGUUUGUGCCUAAGUUAAAUAUUGAGCAGUCAAACUCAAAAUGUUUUGUUACUUUCUGUAAGGUACGAUAAUACUUUGAAAUACUUAA